AUGGGUGUCGUGGUGGAAGAACUCGCGCUGCCUGACUCAGUCCUCCGGCCUCUACGCGACAAACUCCAAAAGUUCGAUAUAUCGAAUCCCGACGAACGUCCGGCCAAGCGGCGCAAGACUGUGAGAGGUGGAUCAAGGAGCCUGACUACAGAAAAUGGAGUAUCGGCAACAGGCAUACCUCUAGGAUAUAUUCCCCUGGCACGGUUAACACUGCGCAUGAAACCAUCGGAGAAAAGCAUAUCCAAGCCCGAAGAGACCUAUAGACCGAACCUGUCAACCCUUCAAACCCCAGUUAUCAUAGAUUUUCGAAGCGUUUCAUCGCCCGACGAAGAAGUUAACAACCAGCCACGAUUGAACUUGGCUGAUGGCGAGGCCGAUCUUCUGUCACCAGUAAUAUCUCGACUCAAUGGGGAGGAAUUGAUACUAUAUACUUGCCAGGAUUCGCGAUUGCUGGAUGUCCUUGCGCAACUUCGGCGCGCUAGCAGACUUGCUCAUGUGGAUCGCUUCUUCAACCAGGUGCCCACAGCCUGCUACCAAGCCCAUCUUUCUGCCUCGUUAGAUGAUGACACUGUUGUCCUCAAUACGGUUGUUCUGUGGAAAGAUUCGAUAGAAGCUCCAGAUCUUAACCGCUUAGGGGAAGCAGAUCUUGAAGCUUUUACGACGUACGUCCUGCAGGAACGAUGUGUUCCUCCCCCAAGUUCAGCCGGGCCUCGCGAAUAUCGGAACAGGAUGUUGGGGACCCCCCGAGAAUGGCCUACUCGUGAAUUUUACAACAAUGUUCACGUUCCCCGGGCCGAAGAAAGUGCUGCGGAAAAUCUUCGAUGUCCUGCCCUUGAAUGUAAGCUGUUUCCAUUCCAGGCAAGAGCGGUUUGCUGGCUCUUGCAGAGGGAAGGGAUGGAAAUCCGACAGAACGGCGAGGUUGUGCCGAUGAAGGAGAUUUGUAAAAGUGACCUUCCGGCAUCUUUCCAUCCCAGGGAAGAUGCCGAUGGACGGACGUACUACUUCAGCCAACUGUUUAUGGUCCUGACAAGGGACCUUUCCCAGUGGUAUGAUGCCGGACAUCAUUUGAAAGGCGGAAUUCUUGCAGAGGAAAUGGGUCUAGGCAAAACGGUCGAAAUGAUGGCAUUAAUAAGUCUGAAUAAGCGAAAAACGCCGCUCAAGACUGAUCCAGAUGGAUUGAUACCCACCGGUGCCACCUUGAUUAUCACACCACCCGCGAUCCUUGAGCAGUGGAAACAAGAACUGAAGGAGCAUGCUCCUACGCUGCGUGUUCACCAUUACACUGGUAUCAAACGCGGACAAGAAGAGUCCGAUGAAAUGAUUGUCGGCGAGCUUGCCGAGUUUGAUGUAGUACUAACCACCUACAAUGUGAUCGCCAAAGAAAUCCACUACGCUGGCGCGCAUCCACAGCGGAGUUUACGGCAUGAAAAGCGAUUUGAGCAAAGAAAAACCCCGCUGGUUCGCCUUUCGUGGUGGCGUGUAUGUCUGGACGAGGCACAGAUGGUUGAAAGUGGAGUCAGCAAUGCAGCUAAAGUCGCUCGUCUGAUUCCUCGAGAGAUCGCCUGGGCUGUGACUGGUACUCCGCUGCGCAGGAACAUAGACGAUCUGUUUGGUCUUCUUCUCUUCCUCCAUUAUGAGCCUUACUGCUUUUCAUCCUCUUUAUGGAAAAGGUUGUGCUCAUGUUUCGGACCGGUCCUAGCGAAGAUUAUCAACCAAAUCACCCUUCGGCACAGCAAAAGCCAAUUACUUGAUGAGCUUCGUUUGCCGCCCCAAAAACGCAUUGUGAUAACUACACCCUUCACAGCUGUGGAAGAACAGCAUUAUAAGCAGCUUUUUGAGGAAAUGUGCGAACAGUGCGGGUUGAACGAAUCAGGGGGACCUCUUCGAGCCGAUUGGAACCCCGAAGAUCCUGCAAUUAUAGAAAAGAUGCGCACCUGGUUGACAAGACUUCGUCAGACCUGUCUUCAUCCAGAGGUUAGCGGAAGCAAUCGUCGAGCGCUACGCAUGACCGGUGGUCCAUUGCGGACUGUGGACCAAGUUCUGGAAGUCAUGAUUGAUACCAACGUGGCCGCCAUUCGUGCAGAAGAGCGGUCUCUCCUUCUCUCUCAACUUCGACGAGGUCAGCUUCUAGAGAAUGCAAGACGCCGCCAAGAAGCCCUCGCUCUGUGGCAAAACGCAUUGAAUUAUGCCACUGAGCUAGUCAAUGAAACCAGAGAACAAUUGCGUCUAAUUAAAGCCAAUGAUGCUGUCAAUGACAGGAAUGGGACAAUCGAACAUCUCGACAAAAUGUCUGAUGAGGAUGCCGAAGAGGCGGACAAGAACAGUCGGCUCGGCCAAUGCCGACUGAGGCUUCGAGCUGCACUCGAGGUCCAGCACAUUGCAGUAUUCUUCACUGCAAACGCAUAUUACCAAAUCAAGAGUGAUACAAAUCUCACACAGCCAGACUCAGAUGAGUACAAAGCGCUCGAGAAACGCGAAGAAGAUGGCUAUGAAGCUGCGAAAGUCAUUCGCAAGGAGAUGUUGACGGAGAUCUCCCGAAAGGUUGAGCAGUCCAUGCAAAGAAUCAAGACCAAAGCACGAGAUAAGCAGUUCACAAUCAUCCCGCAAAUGAAACCACAUUUGUACAGCAGAGGUGUGGAGUCAUACCAUUUGCUCAACAAAUUCGAAGACUUGUGUACGGCUCUCAACAAACAUGCCGAGCAAUACAAGGAAUGGCGGGAUGUCAUGGCCAAGUUGGUUUCACAGUCACUUAUUGACCAGGAGGAAGACGCAGAACUGGAAGGUAAUGAGUAUGAGCGGUCCACGAAACAUCAGGAUGAAAUGUAUGUUUACAUGGAGGCUUUGCGUUCCAUGUAUGCCGACCGUCAUGAUGCUCUCACCGGUCAAAAGAACCAGCUGAUCUCUCACGAAGUCAAAAUGGGCAUCAUCCAGGCUCAGAAAGGCGAAGGGCCCUCUCCGGAACUCUUUCUCAAGAUCAUGAACACUCGCAGUGAGCUUAUGCCUGAUCCUACUCUGGGAUCGCUACGCAGCAUCGUUGGCGAGCUGCGCAGUCUCGUGACAUCGCUAGACUGGCAAGCCAGCGCGGGCAAUUCGCGUGCUCGUGCUGAACAUGAGAUGGUUGAAUUGGUCUUAAAGAAUGCCGGUCGAAUGGUGGCCGAGCAACUCAAAGUAUCGUCAAGUUUGCAGAGAGAAGUCGAGAUGUUCCGCGAUACUAUGAACAGCCGCUUGGAGUAUUAUCGUCACUUGCAGCAGAUUUCGGACACAGUGGCCCCAUAUGACGAGGAAAGUGUAGGCAAGCCGCUGGACGAGAAGGCCUUCGCGUUGAAGCUCGAACAAGAGGAAAUUCUUGAGGCGAAGAUCGCUUCUCUCAAGAGCAAAGCAAGAUAUCUCCUUCAUUUGAAGGACGACACUACUUCCGACAGUAGCUCUCGAACAUGCAUUAUCUGCCAGUCCACCAUUGAAAUUGGCGUAUUGACCGUGUGUGGCCACAAGUACUGCAGCGGGUGUUUGCGGCUAUGGUGGGCUGCACACCGGAAUUGUCCAAUGUGCAAAAGGUCUCUGUCGCGCAAGGAUUUCCAUCAGAUCACAUACAAGCCCCAGGAUCUAGUUGCACAAGAGGAAACGUCACACAUCAGACCGGACCAUGAGGGUCAUUCCCAAAAUGCCAUCUAUAGCGAUAUAAGCUCGGGUCAUCUCAAUGAGAUCAAGAAAGUCGAAUUGCAUGGCUCUUACGGAACGAAGGUUGAUACUCUGGCCCGACACGUCUUAUGGUUACGCGAACACGACCCUGGUGCAAAAUCCAUCAUAUUUUCACAAUACGGAGCCUUCCUUGAGAUAUUGCAGGCGGCAUUCUCUAGCUUUGGAAUCAUCAGCACCGGUAUUGACUCUUUAGAUGGCAUCGAGAGGUUCAAAAAAGACCCAGCGGUCGAAUGCUUUUUGUUGCACGGGAAAGCACAAUCAUCCGGGUUGAAUUUGAUCAACGCAACCCAUGUCUUCCUAUGCGAGCCGCUCAUCAAUACUGCAAUCGAGCUACAGGCCAUCGCUCGAGUCCAUCGUAUCGGCCAACAUCGACCAACGACGGUGUGGAUGUACCUUGUUUCCGACACAGUCGAAGAGUCCAUAUAUGAGCUCUCAGUGACCCGACGCCUGGCUCACAUCAUCGAGAAAGAGAAGGACAAGAAAGCGGUCGCUCUAUUGACUCCUGCUGACGGCGGUGAUGUUAGCGAGGCGGCUAUUGAAUCUGCAAAUUCCAUGGAAAUGCAAGAUGCUACUCUGAUGAACUUGAUGCAGCGUGGCUUAGGUGGAGGAGAGGUGGUGAAGAAGGAUGACCUGUGGCAGUGUCUCUUUGGAAACACCAUCCGGAAAAAUGGCAAUGAUCAUUCAGCCGAGAAAGAGAGGGAAGUCGGUUUAUUCUUGAGGGGUGAAGCUGCUGAGCAGCGAAGGGAAAAUGGGAACCGGCACUGA